AUGGGCAUUCUGUGGUAUUGUUUAUAUUCUCAGUCUCGGAUUCGGAUUGAUGUGAUAAACGGUCCGGAUUUGGCUUCUCCUUCUCCUUUGCUUGUACUUUGUGUUUUCUCAAGUAACGAAAAACGUAUCGUUUGGGAAGACGAAGCGACUAAAUGCCUCAUUGAGGCGCGAAGACAAACUGAUCAAGAGUUUCGUGCAAAUAAGCGGACAAAACCCAUUUGGGAAAAAGUUGCCGCUUAUUUGAACUUGAAAGGUCACUUGUUCACCUUUCAUCAGUGCCACGUAAAAUGGAAAAAUCUAUUGCGGGAUUAUAGGCUCACGAAGCAACAUAACGCAAACUCUCCAAAUGAGCACAAAGAAAUGCAAGCUGGUAACGGCAUUUUAGCCUUAAUGGACGAAUUUCUAGAAAAAGAUAGCUCAGUAACGCCAUAUUUUGAAAAAGGGCUGCCCUUUCAAGAAUUUAGAGCCGAUUCAAAAUUGGCUUCUUCACCUUUGGCAGCAACUUUAAAGCGACCAGCGAGUCCAGAAAUCAAGAAAGAAAUCACAGAAUCUAAAAUCAAAGCUGAUAAUACGUCACCGAUUGCAAAUCAAGGGCUUUGGCGUCUGGAAGAUGAACCAUCACCAGAACUUGGAGGAAGCAAUCUCAUAAUCCCACCGGAUGGAAUUGCAUCUCGACAGACAAUUGGUUCGGCGUCACCAUCACCUAAUCCACCUUCCACCUCAACAUCAACAAUCAUCCAUACACCGACCAACACCCCGAUUCACCCUAAUCCAUCAAACAGUAAACCACCACGCAAAAGACUUGCCAUUGCUCCAACUCCGUUGAUAUUUUCAUCUCCAGCACCAUCUCAAAUGUGCGUCAGCAUUCACACGAAAAAAAAGUCCCCGUACAAAUCGAACCUUGUAGUCACGAAAGGCAUGACCUUUUCUGACCUUUUAAGACACGUGUUCCCAGAUGGUCCACCAAACGGCAAACGAUUCGUGACCAAAACGGCGAUCGAUGAUAGCGGCAAAGAAUAUUUAUCCGAUCAACCAGUCGAAUCUCUUGUCGGUGCUCAUGGCCACGCUGAUAUAUGGGUCAAUGUUGAAGAUGAUCAUGUGAAUUAUGAUGAGCUAUUUUGA